AUGAGUGAAGUCUUCUUGGCCCAGCCACUACAUCAUUUUGUUCACGGGUUCAUACUUUUCGGAACUCAACUUCAGCUUUGGGUAUUCAAUCGGUCAGGGCCUUACUGUGAGUCGAUCAUUGAUAUUGGAAAAUCCCCGAAAAAACUAGUCCACGUGCUGGCUGCUUACAUGAUGAUGAGCGACAAAGAGCACGGGAUAGACUCAAACAUCCGAUAUGACGAUGACGAGAUCAUCAUCAAGAUGAAGAUUCCAGGGUCAAACGUCAUGCAGGAGUUCUCUCUUGAUUUGAAGCCGUUGGUAUGUCAGUCGGCGCUUGUCUCCAGGGGCACAACUGUUUACUCCUCUAUUGAUAAAAAAUAUGUGGUAAAGUUCUCGUGGAAGAUUUGUGGGAAAACAUCCGAGGUGGAAUUGCUCAAGGUUGCAAAGGAUGUUGUAGGCAUGGCAAAGCUCAUCGGAUGGCGCGAUUUGGUACAGACAAGCACGCUCCGAAUGGGACUUACUUUCACCCAACUCAUGGUGAAGUGCACACGACCGGCUGAAAAGGUAUUAACCACGCCAGUCGUUUUAAGCGGGAAUUCUGUUCAAUACCUAAAGAAGAGUACAAGUAAAGCUAAAUCUCGCAAACGGAAGAGCGAGCCAGAACAGGCAGGAGCCAUAAUUGAGUCAGUAAGUAAGCGAACACGAAGUGGAACUAAGGUCGAAAUUAGAUCACGACCAACUGGAAUAGUCGUUGAAUCAGGAAAGACCAUUCAAACCAAUGAAAGCCUUGACGUUCCCCAAAGUCCGCAGAGACGUAGCAGUCGCAUCGAGGAACUGCGAAUUAGUCAAUCGGUUGGUGGAAAGCGAAAGAUCCAGGAAGACGUAGAUGUCAAUGAUCGUCUCAAAAGAGUCCAUCUUUCCAGUCAUAGAGAAGAAGCGACAACUGAUGAAAAUGAUGGAUCAAACUCUUCUCUUGGGAGUGAAUCUAAUCACACAAGUACGACCGAAGCGAGUGAAGAAUCGAUGAUGUCGUUCACGAGUGAUUUCAUCCCAUCUGGAUACAAGAUUGAAAGAGCGGAAUGUGUCAACAUACGGAAGCGCCAGCAAGCAGCGGUUGCAAUAUCGCCAAUCGGGAAACCAAUCAAUGAUUUCAACACGCCGCCAGAGGUAGUAAUGGGGCUACGCGACGCCAUUAAGGCUCAUAGAUCUCUUUUUACCGAUGCCAAAAUAUUGCAUCGAGACAUUUCGGUGAAUAACAUCCUCCUGAAGAUCUGUGACGACCCUAAAGAUUAUGGAGGCAUUCUGAUCGACCUGGACCUUGCAACUUUGUUCAAGGACGGCAAGGCACAAGGGAAACUGGAAGCGAUGACGGGAAUCAUGCAAUUUAUGACACUGGAAAUCCUGAAGAACAGCUUCGCAGCACCUAGGGCUGUAGUAUUACACUCAUAUCGGCAUGAUCUUGAGUUGUUUUUCUAUGUCCUGUUGUGGAUAUGCAUGCGCUAUGGAUGGCCGGUUAGUAAGUCACCGCAUUUGGACUUUUUAAGAAAGUGGUACUCAGGGACUGCCGAAGAGAUCUACAAGAACAAGAAAACACAGAUGAAACUCGAAACAUUUGGAGAAGAGGUCUAUGAACGGAUUCCACCUACUUUCAAAGUAACUGAAAAUCUUGUUCGAAAACUCUGGAAAAUCUUAUUUUGUAAGGGCGAAGAUAUUGCAACGGGUACCACUCAUGACCCUGAUACUUUGUACUGCCCGAUAAUUAUGGCAUUCGAAAAACCAUCUUGA